AUGACGGGGCGGGUGGCAUGUAAUCUUGGCUUGGCUUGGCGAGAACUUCACUCUCCUGGCGGCACGCUGGUUGACUCGCUCGACUGCGAAAUCCAGCAGCACCACCACCACAACACUAUGCCGCCCCCGAGGAUACCGCAAGGCCUGCUUGCACGGUUCGGCCAGUUGAGUCUCGGUGCUGGCCGCCCGCGUCCAUUCGCGCCAAAUAGUCCUUCGCCGCAAUGUCCAUCCGCCACAGCUCACAUCUCGUCACCCUCUGUCCGCUGUCUCUCUUCGACACCAGCUCGUCUUAAUUACCUUGCCCCAAAGGCAGGAGAGUCACGCAAAUCACGCAAAGGCCGUUGCCGUGUGCCCACCGGUGGCAGCAUGCGCGGCACCACGGUCGUGUGGGGCGACUAUGGCAUCCGCAUGCGUGACCAUGACCGGAGAAUUAGCGCCCAUCAGCUACGCAUCGCCGAGGAAACCAUCAAGAAGCGACUACGAGGCAUGAAGUUCCGCAUGUACAUGCGCAUUGCCGCCAAUAUUGGAGUUUACACCAGCGGAAACGAUGUGCGAAUGGGAAAGGGAAAGGGAAGUUUUGACCGCUGGACUGCCCGGGUAGCUGUGAGCAAGAUCAUUUUUGAAAUCAAGGGCGACCUGCACGAACAAGUCGUACGCGAUGCUUUCCGAUUGGCAGGAAACAAGCUGCCUGGCCUAUAUGAGUUCGUGAAGAAGGGAGAUCCACCGGUCAUGGGCGUGACAAAAAUUGGCCUAAAUGGCGUUACCGAAGGGGAUCUCAAGCGACCGAGACGAAAGCUUCCGCUCGAGGAAUCAGCUGCACGAUUGCCUGCUGCUGCUGCUUCGCAGGCGUCAAGUCCAAUAGCUUAG